AUGACGAUCAUGCCUGGCCCAUUUUCCUUUAAGUCUCAUCCAAUCCCAGAUGGUAAGCUUCGCAGAUCAAAUAAAUGCUAUUGUAGAUUGCUUGAAAUGAAAAGAAGAGAAUUUUUCUGGGAACCUGGUGAAAACUUUAAAGUUUUCAUCAAACGUUACGAUUAUUUACAUGGAAAAUUGUGA